AAUGUGGGGGAUUAGCGUACACGGGGGUGGACCGUACAAGCUCUGUUAAAAUUAGAGAAUUUAAAGAAGAGUUCUGUUGGCAGCACUGAGAUGUGAAGCGUCAUCAGUGAACCAAGAUGGCUGCUUUCAUUUCUCCUAGCUCGACGGGUAUGGAUUGGAGACUAAAACAUGCCGAGGACGUUUGUGCCAAAGGGGGAGAGGCAAACAGAUAGAACAGCUUUGAAGGAGGCUUUUCAGUACCGUGUGGAAACAGGAUGCAGUAUCAGGGAAGCUUGCAAGAAGUUUGGAGUGAAAGUGAUGACCUUACAGGACGCAGUCAGUAGAUCCAGAAAGUUAUCUGAUGGUAAGACCUUUGUCCCUCUCCAUGGCAGUCCCCACAAGGUCUUCACAGAGGGGGAGGAGACAAAGCUUUGUGAGUAUGCUAUCAAGAUUGCAAAGAUGUUUCACGGCCUCCCAGUCAAGGAGCUCCGUAAGCUGGCUUACGAGUAUGCACUUGCCUGUAAGUCACCAUGUAUCCCGUCAGCCUGGGAGAGGGAACAGUCUGCCACCAGGGACUGGUACUAUGCAUUUAUGGCUCGCCACCCACAGCUGACUCUGAAGGCUUCGGAAGGAAUGUCCAUUGCCAGGGCUGUAAGCUUCAAUAAGCACAGUGUGGGCAUGUUUUUUUAUGCUUAUAUUGAGGCUAUGGAAAAAUACAGAUUUAGUCCUGACAGGAUAUUCAAUCUUGAUGAGAGCAGUCUAAAUACUGUAAUGAAACCUUUAAAGGUUGUCUGUGAGAAAGGCAAGCCAGUAGCAUUGCAGAUUUCUCGUGAAAGAGGAAAAUCAAUGACUUUCGUAGGAACUAUAAGUGCUGGAGGUAGUUUCCUUCCUCCAGUAUUCAUAAUUCCAAGAAAGCGCUGGGAUGACUCCUUUAUGAGAGGGACACUUGCAGGAUCUAAAGGUGUCCUCAAUCACAAUGGCUGGAUGAAUGGGGAAUGUUUCUUUCAAACACUAGAGCAUAUUCAAGAGAAGACAUUCUGCAGCCCAGAGAACAAGAUCCUUUUAAUUAUGGACAAUGCAGAAUGCCAUAUGAACAUCAAAGCCAUUGAAUAUGCAAUGAACAAUGGCAUAGUGAUUGUGACUCUGCCACCCCAUACCACUGAUAAAUUACAGCCAUUGGAUGUUGCUGUCUUUGGGCCCUUUAAGUUGCAUAUGCGAGGACUAUUGAAUGACUAUUCCCUCGUGCAUUCUCAGACCCACAUUACAGAGCACAUUCUCCCAGAUUUUGCCUCCAAAGCAUGGAUUAGAGCCUGCACUCCCUCAAAUGUGAUGAGUGGAUUUUCAGCUACUGGCAUCUGGCCAGUAAAUAGAAACAUAUUUCCUGAUGAGGUCUACAUGAGAGCAGCUGUCAGUGACCAGCCAGAACCACCACAGGACAACGAUAGGGAAGACCACACUGCUACAACCAGCCCUACCAGCCACCAGCCAAGCAAUGCAACUGAGGAGCCUGUCAUUUCAGUAAGCAUAGCUUCUUCCUCCACUACGUUUGACUGUCCUCCACCAUUACCCUCUAGGGACAGUAGUAUUACUACAGCUGCCAUUCCAUCUACCUCCAGCGCGGGCCUGUCACCAGAAGACAUUCGUCCCUAUCCUAAGGCUGCAGCAUGACCUCGAGGGAAAGGAAGGAAGAGGGUCCAUGCAUGCAUCCUCACAGAAAAUGAGGAGGCCAUCGAGAACCUCCGAGAGAAGGGCAAAAAGAAAAGUGUGGCAAAGAAAAAGAAAAGUAGCAAGACCACAAAGAAAAGGCCUCAAGAGCUAUCCAGCAGUGAAGAUGAGGACAACCCUGAGGUGGUUUUGGAGGACUCGUCUGAAUAUUCUGAUGAAGCGGAUGGUGAAACAGAAGACCAGCCCUAUCCAUUUGUGCAGAAGGAGGCAGAAAUAGGGGACUUUAUUUUGGUGGAGCUGGAACUAGAGGAAGGUCGAAAUGCUGGGGAAAAGGUGCAUUAUGUUGGUAAAAUCCUCUCUAUUGAGGACGACACCAGCUAUAAUGUAAGUUUUCUCCGGAUCAAGUCUAAGUUUGGUAUUCCAGACAACUUUUGUUUCCCUCUAAUAGAGGACACAGCAAAGGUGUCCAAAGAAUCCUGCAAAGGUGUGUUGAAGCCCCAGCAAGGGCGUACUCAACGACUUUCAAAUAUAGUAAAGCUAAAUGUUCCAUUGUAUUCAUUUAACAUGAAAUGAGGUAGGCCUUUAUUUUUCCAGAUUUCUUAAAUAAUAGGACUUUAUUUUUCCACUGUUUUCUUAAAUAAACAAUAUU